UUUGACAACAGACCCCGCUCCGUCUGAACGCAAUGUGUUGUGAUAAACCUUCGCUACCUCAGUAGUGUUUUCAUAAGCGUAAUCCCAUAUAGUUUACUAUUGAUUGUGGUGACCUUUCUUAUCACUCCGAAAAACAGCAGGCGGUGUGCUGAUUAAAUCGAAAAUUGUUUAUGUGUGCUGCAAUUUCGUGUAGCAAACACAGUAGGCUUGCUGGGGGAAAGUAACAAAUACAGCAAUCGUUUCACACCAAGCACACUAUCUUGCAUGGUGAGAAGUUCGUUUGCCGGCUUGAUAAGCGAGAUUUUCAACUCCCCGUAGUUGAGUUGUUGAUUGCGAAGAGCUAAGCUGAUUCAGUAGAGCGAACAUAUCCAUCGAGACCAGUACACAUCUCUCUGUCCCGGGUUGAGUAGGAGCCACCGCUGCAUUUCAGUGUCGAAAAUGGUGUUAUGUCAUAUCCGUACCUCUCUGCGGCUUGGCCAGCUGGUCAGUGUAUCCAUCAAGUCACACCACGGAUAUCAGUGGCGGUUUCUAAGCACCACUAGUUCGCUGUUGAAAGAGAGGUUAUAUACUGAUAAACACGAGUGGGUCUCCGUCGACGGUGAAGUUGGAACGGUUGGCAUUUCGAACUUUGCACAGGAAGCUCUCGGUGAUGUAGUAUUCGCACAGCUCCCGGACGUUGGAACCAAGCUAUCGCAAAAGGACGAAUGUGGAGCACUGGAAAGUGUGAAAGCAGCCAGUGAAGUCUACUCCCCUGUUUCCGGAGUGGUUACGGAGAAGAACUCCGCGGUCGAGGAAACACCCGGAUUGGUAAACUCAUCGUGUUACGAAAAUGGUUGGCUGUUCAAACUGAAAUUGACGAAAACGGAAGAAUUAACAAAACUGAUGAACGAACAGCAGUAUGCGGAUUUCCUCAAGAGCGACGGCCAUUAAGUUCAGUUUCUAUCGGAUCGGAGCUAAAUAGAUGCCCUCGAACAAAAAGGGCAAAGAUCGUCUGUUGAUACCGAGCAGCUAAUCAAUCGUUGCCAUCAUCUAUGCAUUAGUAACUAGUUGCUACGCCUGAUUAGUCCUAUGUUGAUCGAAUGUUUGUAAGUUAUAAAUUAAAAAAUAUUUUAAAUACGAA